CGGGCCGUACCAUAGAGAGGAAGCCCAGAGCUCUGGAUUCGCCAGGACACGGUUUUUUUUUGGUUCUCUGUUUACCUUUCGCCUCUCUGAGCAAAUUCUACUUCAGACAAGUGUAAUGGAAAACACUGGUUUAUUGCUGGAGUCGAAGGCACUGCCAGUUAACUUUUUGAAUGAAAUGUACCAACUGCGACUUCUCGGACACUUUUGUGAUGCUACUGUGAGAGUGGAGCACCAGGGGGCAAGAGCAGAUUUCAUCGCCCACAAAUCUGUCUUGGCAGCAUCAAGCAAAUAUUUCAAAGAAGUAUUUACUAAUGACAAUGCAUUAGAUGGUUCUAAUGCGUAUAUAUUGCUUAAUGAAAUACCUACAGUGGACUUUGCCUCAUUUCUCGAGUUUAUAUACACGGCAAAAGUUGAAGUGGAGGAAGACCGAGUACAGCGGAUGAUCGAAAUGGCUGAAAAGCUUAAAUGUGAAGAGCUGGAAGUCGUAUGCUAUCAGGUUAAAAAGCAGAUGCUUGAAUCAGUAUGGUUAGAUUUGCAAAACUUUUCUGAAGCACAUGAGUCUGAGGAUAUAAAUUCUUUGCAAAUAAAUUCACUGUCUGAUAACCAGUCUUCCACAGAAGAAGAGGGCCAUAUUACUACUGCUACCACCAUAUUUUCUGAAGCCCAUGAUGGAAAUAUCUUGCAGGAGAUAUGUCCCAGUGUUUCCACUCCAAAAUCUGACAAGAUUGACGUUAUUGAAAAUACAAAAGACAUGCCAAAGGUUCCAAAUGUAAAAUCUCGGAGAUCUAGUGGGCGUUUAGCUGGAAAAAAGGCUGUUGUUGAAAUUCCAAAGAAAAAGUAUACAAGAAAAUUACGAGAGCAGCAGGAUAAUGCAGACAUUGAUACAGAGGUGAAUGGCAUACCUAUGGAACAAAAUGCACACAGUGCAGAAAUAACAGAUGAGCAGACCGAAGAUAGCAUAAAGGCUGAGGACGAUGAUAGCCGUUGUGAUUUGGAUGAGAGCUGUAAAAUAUCCAAUGAUGCAAACAACCAAAGUGGAGAAGAUAUGAUGUGUCUUAUCCGUGACAAAAAGUUUUUUGAUGAAGAAAGCUUUUUAAUGCACUCGAAACAGGUCCAGAAUGGGUCUGCAGAAAUUGUAUACAAAUGUGACCUCUGCGGGCAAACAUUUGCAAAUCGGUGUAAUUUGAAAAGUCACGAGCGCCAUGUUCAUAAUAAUGAGCGCUUGUUUCCUUGUGAACUCUGCAAUAAAAAGUUUAAAAGGAAAAAAGAUGUCAAAAGACAUAUUCUGCAGGUCCAUGAGGGUGGAGGUGAGAGGCAUUUUUGCCAACAGUGCGGAAAAGGUUUAAGCUCUAAAACAGCUUUAAGACUUCAUGAACGAACACACACAGGUGACAAACCUUACGGCUGUACACAGUGUGAUGCCAGAUUUUCUCAAACAUCAGCACUGAAAACACACAUGAGAAUUCACACUGGUGAGAAACCAUUUGUCUGUGAAGUGUGUGGAGCAAGAUUUACACAGAACCACAUGCUCAUCUACCAUAAAAGGUGUCAUACAGGAGAAAGGCCUUUCAUGUGUGAAACCUGCGGAAAGAGCUUUGCCUCUAAGGAAUAUUUAAAACAUCAUAAUCGUAUGCACACUGGCUCCAAACCAUUUAAAUGUGACAUUUGUUUGAGGACGUUUGCACAAAGGAACUCCCUUUACCAGCACAUUAAAGUUCACACUGGAGAACGUCCUUAUUGUUGUGAUCAAUGUGGAAAACAAUUUACUCAACUAAAUGCAUUGCAGCGUCACCAUCGCAUUCACACUGGAGAGAAACCAUUCAUGUGCAUUGCAUGUCAGCGGACGUUUACUGAUAAAUCAACACUCCGGAGGCAUACAACGAUACACGAUAAGAAUACUCCAUGGAAGUCUUUCCUUGUGGUUUUGGAUCCUAAAGCUGAACAAGGGCAAAAAGCAGACCUCACGGAGGAUGAUUUUGAUGAUUCCCCAAAACCUGCUGACAAAUUAACCUACACAGAAAAUGGCCACUAUCAAAAUCUGACGGUAGUGCCAGCAACUGUGGAUAUAUUGCAUGAAAAUGGCACAACCUCCAUCCUGGGCUGCAAGUCAGACUGCACAGUCAUACCACAGGAAGUGUUCAUCACCACCACCUUAAACCAUCUGACUGUCCUCACACAGAGCGAAUCUAUUCACGCUAUGGUCAAUAUUGAAUAGUUUAGACUGACUGACCUUGAUGAAGUCUAGCCUCAUUUCAAUGUUUAUUAAGACUGGAACAAAAAGGAUUCUAGCAAAGAGAUUUAUAUUUUAUUGUUAAACCAUGGAUGUCAUAAAUCUUGUCGUUCAAGGCGAUGGUUGCUUCCAGUUUCUAUUUCAAUUUUUAUUUCCUUCUAUCAUGUAAGUUUGAGUUUUUGCAUAAACAUAUUUACCAUUUGAUGUCGACAUGGCUUGCACAAGUGAUAGAGUAAAAUGAAAUAUUCCAUGUGGAGGAAAAAAGGAAGCAGUAUGACGGUAAGAGUCUUUCAACUUUGUGCAACAAGGACAAUGUGAAAAAUGUACAGAACCUUGUUCACAUACUGGAAAGGCUCCAAUUAUUAGCCCAUGUUUAUAAUCUUACAAAAUAUAUAUCGCGUAUUCAUUCCUGAAUCCCUGUUUAUACUGUACAUCAUGAGAUGUAAGGAAGCGCAAUAAAGAGUCUUCAUAUUUACCAGAUCUGUAUAUAAAUUCCAAAUGUGUUCAGU